AUGAACCCACAUUGCGCACGCUGCGGAAAAAUAGUAUACGCAACAGAGAAAGUGAAUUGCCUGGACAAGUAUUGGCAUAAAGGAUGUUUCCACUGCGAAGUAUGCAGAAUGACUCUCAAUAUGAACAACUACAAAGGAUAUGAGAAGAAGCCUUAUUGCAAUGCGCACUACCCCAAGCAGACUUUCACCAUUGUGGCAGAUACCCCUGAGAAUCUGAGGCUGAGACAACAGAGUGAACUUCAAAGCCAGGUGAAAUACAGGAAGGACUUUGAAGAGAGUAAGGGCAGAGGUUUCAGCUUUGUACUGGACACACCUGAGCUCCAGAGACUUAAGAGGGCCCAGGAUAAUGUUAGCAAUGCAAAGUAUCACAAGGAUUUUGAGUUCCCAGGGGGACAGGGUGUUACUCAGAGCGUGACAGGAGCGUACUUGGUGCGGGCACAGAUGAGACCAAACAAUCAGACAGUGGGAAACACCGUACGCAAAGGGGUGCAUCAGUACAUAAUGGAGAUGGAUCGUAGACCGGGAGUUAUUGUAGCUCCUGUGCUUCCUGGUGCAUAUUACCCCAGUGGGUACACCCAGGGCCACAGCUACAUGCACCAGACCAGCAUGCAUUCCCUAAGAUCCAUGCAGUUAAGAGCACAUCCUGCUACCAUGAGUGUGUACAGAGCCCUGUAUGAUUAUUCGGCGCGGGACUGUGAUGAGGUGUCCUUCCAGGACGGUGAUGUAAUCCACAACGUGCAGCCCAUUGAUGAAGGAUGGAUGUAUGGGACAGUGCAGAGAACAGGCCAGUCUGGCAUGCUGCCUGCUAAUUACAUAGAGGGCAUUCGCUAG